AUGGGAAUCAUGCCGGAGAUCGGGAGGGCGUGGGUCGCCAUCGACUGCUAUAUAUAUCUCUGGAAUUACGACAACGGAAGUGAUGUCGCAUAUUAUGAUGGGUUGAGUGAAACCAUUCUUAGCGUCGGAUUAGUUAAACCAAAAGAAGGCGUUUUUAAGCCACACAUCAAAUACCUGUUGAUUCUGACGACAGCCGUUGAGAUACUAUUGCUUGGAAUCACUUUUAGCACCAGUGAAGACGGCUCGGAAGGGGAUCUCCUCUUAGUUCCCGACCCUAUCUUUAGGGUUUCCACCGAUAAUGUUGUGAUGAAUGUAAUCAGAGGUUCACUGGACGGCCGUAUAUUCCUCGGCGGCAAAGAUGGCUAUGUUUAUGAAGUGAUAUAUCAGGCCGAAGACGGAUGGUUUGGCCGUAAAUGCAAAAAAGUGAACCAUUCCUCGAGUGUUAUCUCAUUUUUGUUUCCGUCGUUUUUUAAUGCUUCUAAAGAAGACGAAGUAAUUCAGAUGGAAAUCGACGAGAAAAGACAUAUACUUUAUACGCUCACCAGAAGCGGAACCAUUGAUGUGUUUGAUUUGGGUUCAGACGGCAAAAGCACUUAUAGAGUCAUUUCAAAGACAUUGAAUGCCAUUGUGAACGAGGCGUCCACUGCCGCCCAAACCAUAGAUCAGUUGAACUUCAAGCCAAUUGUGUCGAUCAGUGCUGUCGAAGAGAGUGAAUCCAUUCAUAUAAACCUCAUAGCAGUGACCAAAGCAGGCGUUCGGCUCUACUUUACGACCACUUCUAUACAAACACCAGAAUAUCGUCCCAAUUCACUGACUCUGAUUCACGUGAGACUUCCGCCUGGAUUUACGGCAUCGUCUCCAUCACAGCGACCGACGGCUGUCCACUGCGCGCACUUCAAGAGAGGCACUCUUCUGAUGGUCUCAUCGCAGAUGGAAAACAAAGACCUCUUGUGGGCCAUAAGCAACGACUCAUUUGCGUUCAGUCAGGAACUUAUGGAACUCUUCUCAGUCUCUCAUCUAAACAGCAAAAUAUGGAGAAUUGCUGAAGAGAUUAAAACCAUUCCUCAUAAACCAUAUCAUUCUUAUGCACUGAAGAACAACAAAGUGGUGCCAAUAGAGUCGCCUCUAUUAGUGACUCAACACAUAGAAGAGCCCCGAAAGUUCAUAUUCUUGACUUCUCAGGGCAUUCACAUCGGAUUUAAGCCCAGAAUUGUUGACCAAUUGUCCCAACUUUUGCACAAUAAUCAGGGCUAUGAUAACGAGUCCGUCAGAUCGUUCUUUGCCUUACACUCUGGCGCUCAGGGCUGUGCCAUCGCUCUUAUACUGGCCUGUGCUUCCAAAUCAGCUCAGGAGGCAAAGAUCAAGGAGUGGGCCACCUCUGCCUUCUUCCACUUCGGUGGUGAUCCUCAACAGAUGACUACUCAUCCAAUUCAACCAAUUUCUAGGCAGUCAUUUCCACUGCACACCAGUCCUGGCUUUGACCGCUCAAUACAACACGUUUCGACACCCGUUUCAGCAACCAAUCAGCCCUUGUUUUCGACCCCUUCAUCGCCAAUACAACCGCAAUCAAUGCCAAUGACUUACUUGAGUCCACCAGACAUGUCGUCUCCUGUGUCUCGUAGCGAGCCUAUGAUGACUGGCGACCCCAAUGUUGUGAGCAUUCAGUUUUCAAGUAAACAUAACGGCGUUUACCUAUAUUUCUCGCGAAUCAUACGUCCCGUUUGGAACCUAAAGUGUGUUUCCUCUCAGAGGACUAUCACUACUGACGGGCAAAAAGAUUUCUUGGUUUCCAGCAUAACGUUGAAUGAAAUUAAGUUAUACGACAAUCGGUUAACAGAAUUACGAGAUUUUCUUAAGAAUAAUAUGAAGUUUUCGCCGAACGCUGAGAACGACAACAGAAAGGGUUUAUUCCGCGGAAGCGAUGUCUACGCCAACGAAAGACAUUCAUUGCAUUUGUUGCUUAGACUCAUAGAGCACUGCAUUGAAGUGUUGGGUCUCUGGAAGCUAUUAUGUGAUCAUCAGUUCCACGCCAUCACUGCUGUGCUUCCCAUCGAAAAGCAAAAUCAAUUGAUUGGACUGACAUUUAGAGAACUUGUCGUUUAUGGCAUCGAAAUGACUACUCUGUUGGCCAGUGCUCUGGUUCGCAGGUUUAUUGAAGACAACUCUACCACUGAUAUCAUUAAUAGACGUCUUCAAGAGGUUUGUCCAUCGAUUUAUAAAAAUGAAAACGCAUUGCACGCGAAGGCGCACGAGUUGGUGACGAAAGCCAAGUUCAUAGCAAACCCGACGGACAGAGCGUCACAAUUAGAGUAUGCGUUGAAUUUGUGCAAAAAGAUCGGCGCCCGCAUUAACCUCCCGGCCAUCUGUGAGUUAUUUCAAUCGGUUCAAUGGUAUGAAGCGAUUGUAGACAUAUGUCUACUGACAGCCCUAAACCGCGAUCCGCAGAACUUAGCGCUUCAUUACUAUCGAAAUGGGGAGCAAAUUGAGGAUCAAAUCGGAUACUAUGUGUUCAGCACUCGUAAUGAAUGCUAUAAACUAUUGCUUGAAGUUUACGAACGACUCGUACAACAGAGCAAAUCGUUGCUUAAUCCUCGAGCAGACGAGUCGACAGUAAAUGUGCUCUCUUUAGAAGAUGCUCAGAAACGGUCGGACGAUAUGUUAAGACAUGCCAUCGCUUGCAACGACGAACUCUUUCACAUCGCUCUAUACAACUGGCUCUAUGAACACCAACACAGCGACCGACUCCUUGAGAUUAAGUCUCCGUAUUUAGAGAGUUAUCUGAAACGCAAGACGUCUGCCUUUUCCGACUCAAUCGCUUUAAUGGAUUUGCUUUGGAUGUACUACGAAAGGAACGGUCACUUCAGAGCUGCCGCUCAGAUAUUGACUAAAUUGGCUGAAAGACGCAGUGCUGAUGUCAAUCUUUACAAACGUAUUGAAUACCUUUCCAGAGCUAUAGUCUGUAUGAAGAGUUCAGACUCGCGUCCGACGGCUCUCUUUGGAGACAACAACCAAUCGGCUGCCGGAGAGUUCUUACACGAGUUGGAGGAGAAGAUGGAAGUGUCGCGCAUUCAACUCAACAUUCUUGAAAACCUUCACAAGUUAUCCGAGUCUAUGCCCACUCAGGAGGCCAUCAAUGCCUUAAACUGUGAUUUACUUGAUAUCACACAACUGUAUGAAGAAUAUGCCGAACGAUUCAAUUUAGCCGAAUGUCAAUUAGCUAUACUUCACUGCGCCGGACAUCACGACCCAAACCUCAUUGAAACCAUUUGGAGGAAUAUUAUUGAUAACGAAUUACGCGCCGUUAGUUCAAUGGCUUCGGAGGCGCAGAAGAGCAUACUUUGCGCCAAAAUUAAACAUUUGGGAAGCAUUUACUUGGGUUCUGAGAAAUAUUUUCCCCUCGAAUUUAUUAUCAAACACUUGGAGACAAAGACUCAGAAUUUUGAGUUUGAGUCCCAAUGGCUUAUUGAGAGUCUGCUGGAAAUGGGCGUUAAUUUAACGGAUUUACUCGAUCUCUACCAUAAACUCUAUAAAUCACGAGAACUGUCCACUUCUUGGCCACGAAAACAAAUACAUUUACUCCGAGUUCUGGCGGUUGUCAUCAAUUUAUAUACACUCAACCAGUCUUUGGUUUCUUAUUCUGAAAGACGCCUUUUUUGCACCAAAAGUCUGGAUGUAUUGUCCGGUUAUUUACUUGAUUUGCAAACGAUGGACACCGAAGACAGAGCCGUCAGAAGUCUUUUAUUCGACUUCAAAGCAAUCAAAGCCAAAACCUAUUUGACGACAAUGUCUUCAACUGAUGGAUCAGAUGAUGAGUUCGAGAGCGCAGAUGAAGAGAUGGACUUCGAUGGCGGACAUACAUCUAAAGCACAAGUGGUGGACACUAUUGAUGCCAACAUUAAUACUCAAACUCAAGACAUUCAACAAACGAGUGAUCUCAUUCAAAGUUCAGACCUGAUAUCAGACACAAAGAUCACUCAAAACCAACCAUCGAGUGAGAGAGUGGUCAACGAAAAAGAGAACCUUUCAGUUGAAUCAUCAAAAUAUGGAUCAAAUAAAAGUGACGUGUCUUUAGAUAAACAAGAAUUCAAUACCAUGACUAUAGUAGUGCCGGCUGUGGACCCACUGACCGGACAGCCCAUGGCAUCGAUGAUGAGCUCCCGCACCGACAUGUCUGCUGCCAAUGUCUACGAAGGUGUGGCCAAUAGUGUGGAUCAGUUCCUCAACUCGGACUCAAUGUUCCCGCAGAUGUUGGACACACUGAAAGUCACUCAAAGAUAUCCAUCUGUUUCUGGCCUUCAAGACAACGAUUAUCCCAAUCUGAACGAAAUGGGAAGCAGUGGUCAGUCGUUAUCAUUACCACAAUUCACGACUUUGCAGACCAUUCCUCUGCCGAAGGGAUUACUCGAACAGUUCUCUCACAUACAACAGAACUGUGAGAUGGGAAUCAUGCCGGAGAUCGGGAGGGCGUGGGUCGCCAUCGACUGCUAUAUAUAUCUCUGGAAUUACGAC